AUGGAAGACGAAGCCGGUGAGUGUGUGGAACACGAUGAUUGUGACAGCAUGUCAUCGUGCUCAGACAUGGACAUCGUGAACGAUGUGCAGCCAGAGGCCAUCGAAGCUGAUGAGGAGAUACGCCUCCACAUAAUGGGGCUUUCAAGCUACUUCACAUCAGUUGUGGAGACGAACUGGGCAUCCAAAAUCUCGCAAUUGCCUACGAGAUACUUGCCUCCAGGAUCGAUCCGAUUGCUCUAUUUCCAAUUCUGUGUGCGGGACGGUUCCCGGUUUCAAGCUCCAUCAACCCAUGGACAAUGUGAUGAGUGUGCGAAUUACAAGGAGUCCUUUGGCAAAACUGGAGGUGAAGGAGACCAGCAUCGCUUUGAGAUCGCCCGUGCUUACAAGGAGCAUGUCACAGCUGUGGGGCGUGACCGCGAGCUGGAGAAAUUCCUGCAGGCCCAAAGGCCACUGGAACAAGGUUCAUGCCUUGCAAUCCAUUGGGAGCCUUGGGAUUUGAGUUGGGUGUGGUUUGGAUGCUUGUUGCGACAGGUUAUUUUCGAUACCUGCAACGUAUAG